AUGCCAGACAGCUUGAUCUCAGAAGUUGACUCAAUGGUGGGUCACGCCGAGGGCCUACUGCGAUCCAAAGACUACGUAGCAGCAGCAGCCGCGGCAGAGGCAGUGUUGAGAAAUCUACCAUUACUUUCAAAAGCGGCCGUGGUACGCGGGAAUGCGCUGCUCUUUCCGCUGCUGGAUCAGAUGAUGGAUGGCAGCCGCGAUAACCCAAGUCGUGCGGCCUUCCAGGAGGCCGGAGAUAUGUUUCUGUUGGCAAAGAAGCUCGACCCAGAAAAUGAGGUUGCAAGCAUCGAGGAGCAAAACAUGAAGAGCAUCAUCCAGAUGCUCCUGCCAGGUGACGAGGUAGACCUGCAUGAAAUCCAUCAUGCAUCAGACAACACUGUGCUUGGGAAGAAUACGCAGGUGAGCCAACACGACGAUGAUUUGGAUGUUGUCAUUGUUGGUGCAGGUGCAUCUGGAGUUGGAGUGGGGUUGAUGCUCAUGGAGCAGUUCGGCAUCGAUCGCAAGCGUAUGUUGGUACUGGAGCGCGGCGCCCGUGUGGGUGAGAGCUUCAGGAGAUGGCCGAAAGAGAUGCGAUUUAUCUCUCCUUCGUUCAAUCAAGCUGCAUGGACAAACUCCUUCGAUCUCAACAGCAUUUCUCAAGAUUCAUCGCCUGCUAAGUUCCUUCUGGAGGAACACCCAACCGGCGAGCAGUAUGCCAACUAUCUUGAGGCAGUUGCAAAUGAAAGGCAGCUUCCAAUCCAGUUCUGCACAGAUGUGACUCAAAUCUCAGCCCUGGGUGUCCCAGGACAUCCGCGCUUCAAAGUUCAUGUGAAGCCUUCGCAAGCCAGUGUGCACUGUAAGUUUGUCGUAUGGGCUGCAGGGGAGUUCCAAUAUCCGAAAGAUUCUGGUGGUUUCCAAGGAAUGGAGCUUUGCCAGCACAACUCGCUCGUGCGAAGUUGGGUGGAUGUUCCUGGUGACGAGUUCGUGGUCAUAGGUGGAUACGAGAGUGGCAUUGAUGCUGCAGUACAGCUUGCCCGUACAAAGCGCCCAGUUACAGUUCUAGCUGCCAACCGAUGCUGGCAAGAGAGCAGUCCAGACCCAAGUGAAGAGCUCGCCCCGUACACACGGGCACGUCUGAGAAAUGUCAUGGCCGAUGAAAGCCUUCCGCAGCCGAAGUUACACGGAGGGUUCACAGUAACAAAGGUCGCAAAAGCUGAUGCAGGCUACCUGGUUUAUGCGGACGAGUGUGCAACGACGGAUCGUGUGGCACCAGGUGACCGCACUCAAGUGCAACGAAUCUUUUCCACAGCUUCUGCUCCGAUACUAUGCGUUGGCUUUCAAGGCAGCGUGGCUGCCCUGGUAGGCGAUCUCUUCCAUUGGAGCUCAAGUGACUCGGCCACCUCCUCUCCCGUCUUGACGGACCAGGACGAAAGCACUCGAACAGAAGGUUUCUUUCUCGUUGGGCCGAGUGUUUGCCAUGAUGGGCUCAUCUUUUGUUUCGUGUACAAGUUUCGCCAAAGGUUUGCCAUAGUUGCCGAAGCCGUGGCUAGACGUCUAGGCAAAGACACUCACCGGGGAAUCAUGGCAUGCCGCUCCGCUGACAUGUUCUUGGAUGACCUCGCCGGAAUUCAUGCAUGCGCUGACUGA